ACUGCUGUUUGGGAUUCUCCGAAUAUAAGAUUUUCAAAUUAACCAAAGAAAAUGGAAACGUAAGUAUUGAAACUUGCACCAUGUGACUCAGAUGUUGAUUGUUUUUUAUUUUCAGUGCUCUGAAGUGGAUAGAAUUUUCUGAGCGUCAAAACAUUGACUUGAGUAAAAGCUACGCCAUGUGCAGUGAACAUUUUACUUCAAGUCAAUUUGAAGCUUUUCAUCCACGUAAGUUGCUGUGUGCAGAAAGCAUCCCAUGCAUAAAAGGGCCACCAAAGGAACCAUAUGCGAUGGAGGGCCAGCAGUUUGAAACUGAUACAUCGAAUACUGAUGGUAAGUCUUCCCAGAUAUCUGCAAUGCAUUACUGAAUGCAUUUCUCAUUUAUCAUAUAUUGAAUGCAUAUCUUUUUCGUAUGCAGGAAGCAUUCCUUUCAUGGAGGGGCCACAUGAGAUGGAAAGCGAGCAGAUUGAAAGUGUUACGACAAAUACUGAUGAUAUUCUUUCGAGUGUACCUGAAAGAUGUUCUCACACUCUGCAGAGUACUUCCAAGUCUUUCCCCAGAAGUGAUAGAAAGAUCCGAAAACUGAAAACAACAAUCAACUCCUUGCGAUACAAAAUAUAAGGUAUAUCGAAUAUUUGUUCAUAUAGAUUUCUGAUGAAAAUUGUACAAAUUCAACAAAUUCUAUUGAUACAAAAAAAUUUAUUGCAUGGAAAUAACAACUUUGAUAUAUAAUAGUUCAAUAUGUACUUUUGUAUCCUUUAUUCAAAUCCGUAUUAUUAGUAUGCAGGUGUUUUCAAAGGUGAGAAUUUCGAAAAAAUUAUUCUCACCAAUUGUACCUGCCAAAAAAAUCCUCACCUUUAAAUAUA